ACGAGCACUGGCUGGGCACCAGCUCGGACGGGGAGGGACCGGUCAGGGCGCGAGAGCCCCAGCGUGCGUCGCUCUGGGUGAGGAUGCUGCGGAGCUGGACCUGCCGUCGGGUUCCGCAUCAGUCACCCGGGCUCUCCAUUCUGGUCCGUGCUUUCCCUUCCUUCCCGCCCUGGGCCUCUUCCAACUCCAAUCGCUGCCGGAGGAGCCAGGGCGCGCGAGGAUGUUCCGGCCGGGCUGCGAGCGCGAUGCGGAGUCCGCCAGCCAACUGCUCCCCAACAUAGUUUUCUUCCUGGCUGUGCAGGCUGUGGGUGGAGGAAAGCAGGGAGGCUACCCACGGUACCCCCGCCGCGCUGAGGACGCUCAGGAGCCCGGCGACCCAGCCCCCGCGCACCAUGAACAGCACAUACCUGAAUGAGAAGUCACUCCAGCCAUCAGAGAGAUGCAAAAAUCUGCAAGCCGGCUUGGAGACCUUAUCUAACAAAACGAAAAAGUAUUCAGAAGAUGACUAUCUUCAGAUUAUCACAAAUAUUCAGAGCUGUCCGUGGAAACGACAAGCAGAAGAAUAUGAGAAUUUCAGAGCCAAACUUGCUUCCUGUUGUGAUGCCAUUCAAAACUUCAUUGUUUCUCAAAAUAACACUCCAGUUGGGACUAACAUGAGUUACGAGGUGGAAAGUAAAAGCGAAAUCCAAAUCAGAGAGAACAUUUUUGCUAUGUUGCCAGUGUCUCAGCCUUUUGUGGAGUACCCCUACAAUCAGUGCGCAGUGGUUGGAAAUGGAGGAAUUCUGAAUCAGUCUCUCUGCGGAGCUGAAAUAGAUAAAUCUGACUUCGUGUUUAGGUGUAACAUCCCCCCAACCACAGGGAAUGUUAGCAAAGAUGUUGGCAGUAAAACCAACCUGGUAACUUUAAAUCCUAGUAUCAUACGACUAAGAUAUGGGAACUUAAAGGAAAAGAAGGCAAUGUUUCUGGAGGACAUGGCCACCUAUGGAGAUGCAUUCGUCCUUCUACCGGCAUUCUCCUUCAGGGCCAACACCGGGGCCUCUUUUAAAGUGUACAGCACACUGAAGGAGUCUAAAGCAAGACAAAAAGUUUUAUUUUUUCAUCCCAAGUACCUGAAAAACCUAGCCCUUUUCUGGAGGACUAAAGGUGUGACCGAGUAUCGCCUGUCCUCCGGCUUGAUGAUCACAAGUGUGGCGGUUGAACUGUGUGAGAGCGUGAAGCUGUAUGGCUUUUGGCCCUUCUCUAAAACUGCAGAGAACACAUCUGUCAGCCACCACUACUACGACAACCAUUUACCUAAACGCGGUUUCCAUGAGAUGCCCAAAGAGUAUAGCCAAAUUCUCCAGCUCCACGUGAAAGGAAUCCUCAAAUUGCAGUUUAGCAAAUGUGAAGUAGCCUAAGCAGAAGGUCUUAAAGUCGGAAUAAUUUUUAUAUAAUGCAGUAGGAAUUGUCUGUUGGUGCAUUUCCUCGACUGAAGCUUGAGUCCCCAGGAGACCUGUCGCACAGGAGCUGAAGCUAUUAUGAAGAUGACAAGAUGCAGCUGCUGCUGGAGAUGCCCCCCCAUGCAGAGAAAUACCUUGUCUCUCCCUUCCCCCCUGAGGCCCAGGUAUCGCCCACAGCCUCCCCCUGGCUAGAACCCAGCCAGACUACUUGUCAAAGGAGAAUGGAAAAGGCAGCCUCGAAGGGCUCAAGGAGUAACAGAAGGACAGGAAAUGAAUCUGAGACCAAACAGACUCAGAACUGACAUGAGAUUUGCAAAUAUUAACAACUAUAUAUAAGAUAGAUGAACAAGUCUCUUCUGUAUAGCACAGGGAACUAUAUUCAAUAUAUUGUAGUAACCCAUAAUGAAAAAAUAUGAAAACAAAUGUAUGUAUGUGUAUGUAUGACUGAAACAUUAUGUUGUAAAACCAGAAAUUGACACCAUGUUGUAAACUGACUAUACUUCAGUAAUAAAACAAAGCAUUACAGUAUGUGAAUCAUAAAUAAAAUAAAAUGAAAUUAUGGAUAGCCAGUUAUGUCAGCACCAGUUAUAAAAUAAAUCAUCUUCUCCCUCCACUGGACUGAAUGUUUUUAUAUUAAACUCUCAUAUAUCUACCUAAUGAGAUCUAUAUCUAAGAAAUCUGUUUCAUGAAUAUAUUUGUCUAAUCAAAUGCAAAUAGCAUACUGUUUGGAUUACAAUGACUGUUAAAUAUGUGUCAGUCACGUUUCCUCUCACUGUUUCUUUUUAUAAUCUUUGGACUAGUUUCAAACUCUUGUUCUUUCAUAUGAACUCUAGAUUAUGUAAAUUAAAUAUACAAAAAUUAUAUUCGUAUGAGAAUUGCAUGUAUAAAUGGUUUAAGGAGUUACAUCUCUAUGUCUUCUCAUAGUGUAUCUUUGUUCUGAUUA